UAUUCUGAACAUUGUUUUUGUUUUUAAUCUUCAUAGGGAUACUUUUCAUGUAACAUGUAAAAUUAACCUUUUGAGGCAUUGGAUUUUACGUGGAUUAAUUAAAACAAAUCAUUUAAGAAGAAUUUGUGACAAAAAUGUCGUGCUGUGGAGGUGGAGAAGAAGACGUUUACAGUGGCGGCCCACCGUCCAAUCAGAAUACAGCUCCUCCUAGAGCUGGCAAUCCAUAUGGUGGUGGUACUGGUGGCGCAAGUGAAAGAGGAGAGCCAAGGAGUGCUGCAAGAGGUGGAACUCCUCAGAAAGUAUUACCAAUUGAGGCACCAGUUUUCACCUUGGAUGAGCUUAACAGAUUGACUGGAAACUUUGGACAGAAAGCUUUGGUUGGAGAAGGAUCUUAUGGCCGCGUUUUUUGCGCUAAACUAAACGAUGGCCAACAAGCAGCAAUCAAGAAAUUGGAUACUAGCUCGUCACCGGAACCAGAUUCUGAUUUUGCUGCUCAGUUAUCAAUGGUUUCAAGACUUAAAAAUGACCAUUUCAUGACUCUGAUGGGCUAUUGUCUCGAGGGGAACAACCGUAUAUUAGUCUAUGAAUUCGCAACAAUGGGAUCUUUACACGAUGUGUUACAUGGUAGAAAAGGCGUACAAGGUGCUGAGCCAGGUCCAGUUCUUACCUGGAGUCAGAGAGUUAAAAUUGCUUAUGGUGCAGCAAAAGGCCUCGAAUAUCUACACGAAAAAAUUCAGCCGCCUGUAGUUCAUCGUGAUGUCAGAUCCAGCAACGUGUUGCUCUUCGAUGAUUUUACAGCAAAAAUUGCUGAUUUCAACAUCUCGAAUCAGUCUUCUGAUACAGCAGCGCGUCUGCAUUCCACUAGAGUUUUGGGAACUUUUGGCUACCAUGCUCCAGAGUAUGCAAUGACAGGACAAAUCACGCAGAAAAGUGACGUUUAUAGUUUUGGCGUUGUUCUCUUAGAACUGCUGACAGGAAGGAAGCCAGUAGAUCAUACAAUGCCCAAAGGGCAACAGAGUCUUGUCACAUGGGCAACUCCAAGAUUGAGUGAAGACAAAGUGAAGCAAUGUGUUGAUCCCAAACUAAAUAAUGACUAUCCUCCAAAAGCAAUUGCUAAGUUGGCAGCUGUUGCAGCACUUUGUGUUCAAUAUGAGGCCGAUUUUCGGCCUAAUAUGACAAUUGUUGUCAAAGCACUGCAACCACUUCUCAACUCAAAGCCAGCAGGACCAGAGUCUCAAGCAUAGUACAUUUCUGGUUUUGGAACCAGCAGGGCUAAUUCUUCGAGAAAAACUUCCUCACGCUCGGUGUUUAUACCAUACUAUAUUUUCCAUGGUUAAAUGAUAAGAAUAAGGUAAGAAAACGUGUUGGUUAACCAUGGUUAAGUGAUAAAAGUGUAUGUAGAAGUUAUUUGUCAUGUAUUCGCUCGACUGUUGUAAACACCGGGUGUGGUGAGCUUUUUUUUCCUCCUUUCUGAUCCUAAAUGUAUUUUUUCACAAUUAGAAAGCUUGAAAGAACUUUUGACAAAAAUUCUCAUAGCUAGGUUAGUAGUGACAUGUUGUUACUGGAUACAAAUACCAGUCUUUAUACCUUUUGGGAGUUUUGUAUAAAUAUAUAUCAGUUUCUGAUUGAACAAGAACUUUCUCAAGCCAAUAUCCUCGAAAUGCAAUUGAAGAGGAAAAUAUUUUCUAUAUUAGCAAGGGACAUUGAAGCUUCAAUUUGUAAUUGUUGAAUUAAUAUGGAUUCAUUUGAUUUAUAUACCUUGACGG